AGAGAAACGCCAUCAGCAGCAAGCGAAAGCAUCGUCGGAGGAGAAAACGCUGUAAUUUUCAACCUUAUUUUAGUUUUGCAUCGUCAAAAAUAGUUUGGAUUUCUAUUGGAAAGUAAUUAUCCAACCGCUCGGAUAAUGGCUGCCAGACGAGUACCGGCCAACGAGGAUCUGUCGAAUGUGGAAUUCGAAACCAGUGAAGAUGUCGAGGUGCUGCCAACUUUCAACUCAAUGUCACUCCGGGAGGAGCUGCUGCGGGGUGUUUAUGCCUAUGGUUUCGAGAAGCCUUCGGCAAUCCAACAGCGAAGUAUCCUACCGAUCGUCAAGGGACGCGAUGUAAUCGCUCAGGCUCAGUCCGGUACAGGUAAAACUGCAACUUUUUCGAUUGCUAUUCUACAGUCGAUGGACACGACGCUUCGUGAGACGCAAGUUCUCUGCUUGUCACCAACGCGCGAGUUGGCUGUUCAGAUUCAAAAGGUUAUCCUGGCGCUGGGAGAUUUUAUGAACGUCCAGUGUCAUGCUUGUAUCGGGGGAACUAAUUUGGGAGAAGACAUUCGCAAGCUGGAUUAUGGCCAGCAUGUGGUCAGUGGAACACCCGGGCGUGUGUUUGAUAUGAUCAAGCGGCGAGUGCUGAGAACGCGGUCUAUUAAGAUGUUGGUUCUGGACGAAGCUGACGAAAUGUUGAAUAAAGGUUUCAAGGAACAGAUUUACGAUGUUUAUCGGUAUCUACCUCCUGCAACACAGGUAGUACUGAUAUCUGCUACACUUCCGCACGAGAUCCUUGAAAUGACUUCGAAGUUUAUGACGGAUCCGAUUCGUAUUUUAGUCAAACGUGAUGAGUUGACCCUGGAAGGUAUCAAGCAGUUCUUUGUGGCAGUCGAGCGUGAGGAAUGGAAAUUUGAUACGCUGUGCGAUCUGUACGACACGCUGACUAUCACUCAGGCAGUUAUUUUCUGCAACACUAAACGUAAGGUCGAUUGGUUGACGGAAAAGAUGCGGGAGGCCAAUUUCACCGUUAGUUCGAUGCACGGUGACAUGCCGCAGAAGGAGCGUGACGAGAUCAUGAAGGAAUUCCGUUCCGGUCAGAGUCGUGUGCUGAUUACGACGGACGUUUGGGCUCGUGGUAUCGACGUGCAACAGGUUUCGCUGGUCAUCAAUUAUGAUCUGCCGAACAAUCGUGAGUUGUACAUUCACCGUAUUGGCCGAUCAGGUCGGUUUGGCCGCAAGGGUGUUGCGAUCAAUUUUGUCAAGAGUGACGACAUCAGAAUUCUGCGGGAUAUUGAACAGUACUACUCGACGCAGAUUGACGAGAUGCCGAUGAAUGUGGCAGAUUUGAUCUAAGAUGCGUUUGGUUUGUUUUAAAAUAUUACAUUUGCGUGUUUGUAACUUCGACCUGUUGAAGGGCAAAUGUGUGCAAGCAAACACAUUUAUUACAUUCAAGUGCACAAUUUGCAUAACUGCAAUGAAUAAUCUAAACUUCUUACGAAUAAAGAAAUUAAUGGAUAAAUAAA